AUGUCCAGGAAUCGGCUGCGGAGGAGGGUCCGGCCCCGGGGCUGGGGGGUGGCUCGCUUCUCCCCUCCCUCCGCGAGUGACGGGCCGGACGCGGCUCGCCGGCAGCUCCCGGGGCGGGCGGGGCUGGGCGGGGCGGGGCCCGGCGCCGCUCCGUCUCUCGCGGCACAGCGCCCGCCUCCCGCUCGGCGCCAGAACCCUCCUGCGGCCACCGCCUUUGAGCGGGGUGAGACAAAGAGCCCCGAUUGCCCGGGAAGCAGAGCCGUCGGUGAGCAUCUCUUCUUCUCCUCCGGCAGACGUCCCGUCUCCACAGAGGCGGCGAAGAAGGCCGGCGAUGGACCGCGAUGGGCCGGACGCCGCUGGGCAGGAGGCAGCGGUGGAGCGUGGCCGCUACCUGAGCCGCCGGGCCGUGGCGCAGGAGCAGCUGGCGCAAAUAAAGGAGCACAAGGAUCAAGCAGAUCUGGCUAAGCUGGAAAAGAGAAGGGAAGGGGAACAAAUACAGAGAUCAAGCCAAUUGUACCAAA